AUGAUAAAGUCAGUUAUUUCUAAUAAAGAGAAUUAAUUUCAUCGUGUACAUUAAUAAAGAGCGGCAAGAAAAAUUGUAAAGUAUUAACUUUUAUUUUCAGAUUAAUAAAAUUGGAAAAUCAACACUUAAUUAAUCACCAAUAAGAAAAAGAGUUGAAAAUACUGCUUAAUAAACUUUAGAAGCUCUUAGUUCUUAUCAAAAUUUAUAUGAUAAUUAACAUAGAAAUGAUAUAUGUAAAUAUUUUGAUUAUCAAAGUAAAACAACCGAAAAGUAAAAUCAACUUUACUCAAUAAGAGAUAGUUGGUUGGGAUAAUGAAAAUUAAAUAUUUGAUAAACCAUAGAAAUUAACAACAGAUUAAAGUGUUUAGACUAAUAUUAGUUAAGAAAAAACACGAAAAUCCAUUACACAAUAAACCUAAAGAAUUAAAACAAUUCCGAGAUCAAUAGAAAUUAGAUAAAAAACUUCAAAAACUCCAUUAAGAACUACUAAAAUUACUAGUCCUCUUAUUGAGUAUCCUACAAUGUAAAAGUUUAAAUUGUUUUUUGAUAAAAAUAUUAUUAAAUAAGGAAUUCCUUAAUUAAUUAUAUGUGAUAGAUCAUUGAAUACUGUUGAUGGAUUAAAUUGUAUUAGUUUCAAUAAUGUUACAUCAAAGUAAAUACCACAUAAAAGAAAUCUAAGUAUAUGUGCAGGGAAUAAAAUAAAUAAAGUAGAUAUUAUUAAAGACAUUACACAAAACUUAUGA